AUGUUUGUAAGCGCGGGAAGAAAGCCCUCUGCGAUGGAUCCGGAACUUCCUGCAGAUGCUAAGGAAUCGACGUCGAUCAGAGUUGAGGUUCGAAACAUUCCGAAUGCCCUCGUUGAAGAAGAUCUUAUGUUGUAUUUCGAAUCGAAAUUCGAAGCAAAUUGCAUCACAGUAUGUCGACUUUAUCGGAAACCUGGGUUGGAAUUCUCCAGAGGAGUGGGAAAUGUGAUUUUUAAAGACAUUCAUGUGGCACGAGAAGCUGUGCGAUUGUCCGAGGCUGGUCUCCUCGAAUUGUACGGUCGGAAGCUGGACCUGAAGUUUCUCGCUGAACGAAAUCGCACGACACUCAAGGCAGACAGCAGAGUCAUACUGCAAGACUGCGUUGUUCACAUUGGUUCCAUGAAAGCUCACGAGAUCAUGUUGUCAUAUGCCCAAUAUCGGAGUCCUUCAGCCUUGGAGGUUGACAAAGAAAGGCAAACAGUUUCUUUGUAUUUCAGUUCUCAGAAUAAACAAAACCAGUUCAAAUUGGAGUUUCGAGCACACGACAACUUCAGACUUCGAGUCCUUCAUCAUGACAGAUCGCGUACUAAAGAGUUGAAGGGGUUUCUGAUCCAGGAAAAAGUCAGAUGUUGA